AUGCUAUUAUUACAGACGGCCUCGGACUCUGUAAUAACCUUGACGCCGCCUAAAAAGGGGGCGGUCAAGGCUUUGCCAUUGUGUUGCUUCAGCCCAGCUCAGCCCAUUUCCCAGCUGUUUGGGUUGCGCUCCCAGGCUCUUGGAGAGGAGGGGGGACGCCGAUGGGGCUCGGAUCUGAGAGAAAAAAGACCGACCACCAGCCGACUUCGGUCGCGAAAUCACCACCACCAAGUCGGUGAACCAUUCCUAGGGGGGCUUGGAAAGGGGAUGGAUCUGGCGAUGCUGCAGUUGGCCCCUGUCGGGCGGCGCACACCGACAGAGCCCUUGUCUGUGUAUCCGUACCAAGCCUCAUCCGUCCGUCCUUGCCAGACCCUAGUACCCGAGCCGCUGCUGUGCGAGUCGCCUCUUCUCGAUGGCCAGCUUGCAGCAAAGCUGCUUCUUCGUUUCAUCUUAUUUAUCAUUGUUGACAUGGAGCACCCAAGGGAAGCUUUUUUGCUGGAGCUACGUCCCACUGGAGCUCUGCGUGGCCCCUUGUACCGCAAGAAUUUUAUGUGGAGUCUUAUUGCUACUUAG